GGCGCGGCCCAGCCUACCGCACCUCGCAGAUCAUUUCUUUCGUCCUCCAUGGCAGGCUCUAUCCUUGGCCCACUUCCACAUUGUUUUCCAUACAAUGGGGCCUCGGAGCACCACGAGUCCCUUCUUUGGACUGAACGAGUCUGACCAUUCGGGAGUCCUGGCUACAGUCGUGGUCGUGAGCCAAGUGAUAACUCUCUUGACGCUCUCGUUCCGACUGUUAUGGUCGAGGCAUUUGCAGACAUUGAGGAACUACGACCACGCUCUCUGGGCUGCAUUCGUGCUGUUACUUGUGCAAAGUGGGCUCACCAUCUUUGUCGCCAAGCUGGGACUGGGUAAACACACUUCAACGAUUGAGCAUGGUGUUCUCGAUCAGAUCCGCAAGGUUCAGUAUGCGAUAUGGCUCGUCAGCAUCUUGGUGGUCCUAGCCACCAAGACCUGCAUCUGUCUUUUCAUCCAGACGAUCAACACUUUCGCAGGCGUCAAGACUGCCAACACUGUUCUUCAAGGUCUCAUUGGGGUGUUCUUUCUGUCGACUUUCCUGGCCACGGCUUUCCGUUGUCCGUUGCCAGACCCAUGGUUCGCGUCAUCAAAAGCGACAUGCUCUGCAGCUGCGCCGAUCUAUUUGUAUACAAUGGCGACGAGCAUCAUCACCGACGUGCUCGCUACCACGUUAGCAGUAACAAUGAUUGUGAGGGUCCAGACAGGCGUGCAAACCAAGGCAGUCGUCAUCGCUCUCUUUGGUUCCCGCAUCAUAUGCCCGUUUACCACAAUCCCCACGCUCUCGUACGGUUCCUCACAUAUCUACAACGGCGACGAAACUGAUUUCACCUGGGACGCGCUCUCCCCGCUACUGUGGCUGACCGUCACCUGCCACCUCUCCGUUAUCACCGCAUGCGUCCCGACACUAAAGAAACUCUUCGACAGCCUUCUUGGCAACACCCUGUCCAUCACGAUUGAUGCCCCGUACCAGCUCGAGCGCAUCGAUGGCAGGACCGGCUUUAACAUCACCGAGCGCGACGAAAUAACAGGCUCGGGCCGGGCCGGUGGAAGUUCUUCGGCUCGCGGCAGAUAUGGCCUGAAAUACAGUAAGAACAGCCGGUCGCAGAGCAGCAGGGGCAGUGGGUUUGGUUGGAAGGGGGUGCCGGGCGUGCCCACGAAGAGUAGCAUCGACCGGCCCAGUUUCUUUGGCGGUAGUCUUCGGCUAGGCGUCACUUCAACGACCGUGACGUCACCUCAUCAGGCAACGGAAAGCCAUGCGGGCGGUGGGUUCGAAAGUGUUUCAAGGCUCGGUGACAGGAGAGGUGGCAACAGCGAUAGCGCUGUGAAGGAACAGAGUGAGAGUGUGAAGGGUCUGACGGAGGGGGUCAUCAUGGUUCGUCAAGAGGUCGAUGUUCAACAUGACCACGGUGCGGAUCACGAUUCAUGGUCUUUACGGGACAGCCGAUGA